AUGCCUAGAGAUAUACAAAACCAUCUCUUGUUUGAGAUUGCAACAGAAGUGGCCAACCGCGUAGGCGGUAUUUACUCGGUUUUGAAAUCCAAAGCCCCCAUUACAUGCGCGAAAUACCGUGACAAUUACACCCUUUUGGGUCCCUUGAAUCGCGCCACUUAUCAAACGGAGGUAGAGCCAUUGGAUUGGACAGAUCCAAGCACGUUCGAGUCCCGUGGCGUGCACACACCAGAAAUACGCACGGCAUUGGAAAACAUGCAAAAAAGGGGCGUGAGUUUUGUAUAUGGCCGUUGGCUAAUUGAAGGAGCACCGCGUGUGAUUUUAUUCGAUUUGGACUCUGUGCGGUGCUAUCUGAACGAGUGGAAAUCGGAUUUGUGGGAUAUCGCAGGCAUUCCAUCCACCGAGAGCGACGCAGAGACAAACGACGCCAUUUUGCUUGGCUAUUCCGUGGCUUGGUUUCUCGGGGAGUUAGCGCAUUUGGACCAACGCCACGCAAUCGUGGCUCAUUUUCACGAAUGGCUCGCUGGUGUAGCUCUGCCCUUGUGUCGUAAACGUCGAAUUGACGUUGUCACCAUUUUCACUACCCAUGCCACUCUCUUGGGUCGGUAUUUGUGUGCCGGAAACGUGGAUUUCUACAAUAAUCUUGACAAAUUUGAUGUUGAUGCAGAAGCGGGCAAAAGAGGCAUUUAUCACCGGUACUGUGUAGAGCGUGCAGCGGCUCACACCGCCGAUGUUUUCACCACGGUAUCACAAAUCACUGCAUAUGAAUCGGAAUUCUUACUGAAACGAAAGCCAGAUGGCAUCUUGCCUAACGGUAUCAAUGUGGUCAAGUUUCAAGCGGUUCACGAAUUUCAAAAUUUGCACGCUCUGAAAAAGGAGAAGAUUGACGAUUUCGUAAGGGGACAUUUCCAUGGGCAUUACGACUUCAAUCUUGACAACACCCUUUACUUCUUCAUUGCUGGAAGAUACGAGUACAGAAAUAAGGGUGCUGAUAUGUUUAUUGAAGCCCUUGCUCGUUUGAAUUAUCGUCUCAAAAUGGCGGAUUCAAAAAUGACCGUGGUUGCCUUUAUCAUUAUGCCUGCCAAGAACAAAUCCUACACGGUAGAUGCCUUAAAAGGACAAGCGGUCGUUAAGUCUUUAGAAAACACAGUGCAUGAUGUUACGAACUUGAUUGGGAAACGGUUAUUUGAAUACGCCAUGCGUAACCCCAAUGGCGUCGGAGCGGAAAUUCCUACCGAAUUAGAUCAAUUGUUGAAACCAUCGGACAAAGUUCUUUUGAAAAGGAGAGUUUUAGCGCUCAGACGACCAGAGGGAACCUUGCCACCUGUGGUAACACAUAACAUGGUUGAUGAUACCACCGACCCAGUGCUCAAUCAAGUCAGAAGGGUCCAGUUGUUCAAUCACUCUAAUGAUCGUGUGAAGGUUAUAUUCCAUCCUGAAUUUUUAAAUGCCAACAACCCCAUCUUAUCACUCGACUACGACGAGUUUGUUCGAGGUUGCCACUUGGGUGUGUUCCCAUCUUACUACGAACCUUGGGGGUACACCCCAGCAGAAUGUACAGUCAUGGGAAUUCCCUCUGUGACCACCAAUCUGUCUGGGUUUGGUGCUUACAUGGAAGACCUAAUCGAGCAGGACCAAGCCAAGGAUUACGGUAUCUACAUUGUAGACCGGCGAUUCAAAAGUGCAGACGAGUCUGUGGAACAGCUUGUCGACUACAUGGAGUCUUUUACGCAAAAGACUCGCAGACAAAGAAUCAAUCAAAGAAACAGAACCGAGAGAUUGUGCGACUUGCUGGACUGGAAGCGCAUGGGCCUGGAAUACGGCAAAGCACGGCAGUUGGCAUUACGCAGGGCGUACCCGGAUUUGUACAAGGCUGCUGUGGGUGGAGAAGAGAUCAGUGACGUGAGCAUGAACUCGCUGGCCGGGGGCAAGAAAAUCAAAGUCUCACGUCCACUCAGCGUUCCUGGGUCUCCGCGUGACCCUCGAGCGGAGAGCAUUGGAAGCACUGUUCUCAUGACGCCUGGCGAUCUGGGAACUUUGCAGGACGCCAAUAAUACCGACGACUACUUCUAUCUCAGCAUGGGUGUAGAGGAUGAAGAGGAAGAAGAAGUAAAUUAUAUGGCGGCAACGCAAUAA